CAAACUACUUCAACAACAAAUAGACAUCCUUGAGGAGGAGAAAGCUACAUUGCUGGCGUCAUUGAGAAUGAACAAAAUCGCUGGAGAUGUUGUUGCCAAAUUGGAGCUGCUAUGUCACACGCCAGCUCCAAAGCUGCCAGAUAUGACAAUGCCCAUGAGGACACCUCCAAGUCCCUUCAAUCGAGAGUCAAGUACACUGAGAGAUGGAGAUGAUGGAGAUGCAUCGGUUGCUGGUUCCCCAUCAGCAAAAAAGUUCCCAAUAGCAAAGUGGCAGAUUAGGCGAUGUUCGACCACCUCGCUGCAGAAAUUCAUCAAUGACCUCCUCCAUGGCCUGUAUUGCACAGAGUACAUGGCCAAGCACUCACUUACUGGCUACAAGGCCAGUAAGGAGUCUGAUGCUGGCAAGAGGAAGGACAGCAUUCCACAAGAAGAGGUUGCUGAAAUAAUUGCGGCAGCAAAACAAAUCUUCACCACCAAGACGGACAUGGAGGUACGGCUGGCCAUCCGCCAGAAACUGAAUGGGGCUGCCAAAGUGGUCUCGGCAAGGAAAGUGGCAACACCUCCAGACGCCAGCCAAUAG